AUGUUCAUGGUGGCGAGCAGCGUAGUUCUGACGGUGAUGGUGCUCAACUUUCAUCACAGGUCGCCGGAUAGAUACGUAAUGCCGCAAUGGAUAAAAACAUUGUUUUUACGAUGGCUGCCAUGCUUGCUGCGUAUGAGUCGUCCGGGAAAGAAGAUCACGAAGAAAAAUAUUCUUAUGAGCAACCGGAUGAAGGACAUGGAGCUGCAGGAAAGAAGUAGCAAAAGUUUGCUGGCAAACGUUUUAGACAUCGACGAUGACUUUCGUCAUAGAAAUAGCGCAGCGAAUCCUCCUUCCGGAUACAUAAGUAGGUCGGCGUUCGGUACACCGAUAUCCACAGGGAGACCAGCGACCGUCGAGGACACGUCCGCGUCGUUACCACUUAGCGGUAUGCAGGAGGAAUUGCAUACGAUCCUUAAAGAACUCCGAUUCAUUACGGAUCGUAUGAAAAAGGCGGACGAGGGCGACGAGGUCAUCAGCGAUUGGAAAUUCGCCGCAAUGGUGGUGGACAGGUUCGAUGCACCCUUAUUUAUUUCGAACACCGACUGUUUAACACUUCACGUGGACUGCGGUCUAUGUUGA